AUGUCAGGCCGGGAAAGAAACAGAAAAAAAGAAUAUAGUCUCGAAUUAAUAGAUACUUUAUACAGUCAUGUUCCAGCAUUUACUGAUAUAUUUGAUGAAGAAACUUGGUACAUUUUUGUCAGUUGCUUUGUUGCCGGUACUCUGGUUGUCGUAUUUAUUCUCUCAAGAUUUAUUACUAUCAAACCGGUUGAUUAAUAAUAAAAAUAAAACUAACAAUAACAAUAAUAUUAACAGUAAUAUUGAAGUAAAAAUAAAAAGAUUGAAUGAUUUAUCUAUGGAAAUUGUAAAGAUUUAUGAAUAACAAUUGUUUAAAUAUUA